AUGACAUUUUUAAUCACAUUAGUCUUCGCUACACUUGAUUUUCUCUCACCAGACAAACCUGGUGGUUUACUGACUUGUCUUAUCCUAUGUUAUGUUAUUUUGGGCAUUCCAGCUGGUUAUACUUCAGCUCGUUUAUAUAAAAUGUUUGGCGGUACAAAUUGGAAGAAAAUUGCUCUAACAACAGCUGUUACAUGUCCAAGUUCAGCAACUAUUCCACGUACCACAUGUUCAGCAUUACUUGCUCUUUGGUUCUGCAUAUCAACACCAUGGGUAUUCAUUGGAGCUUAUCUUGGUUUCAAACGUUCAGUUUAUAAAAAUCCUGUUCCAAUUAAUCAAAUUCCACGACAAAUACCUGAACAGCCUUUUCACACUAAAACAUUAUUAAGUAUGUUAACCAGUGGUAUUCUUCCAUUUGGUUGUAUUUUUACUCAACUGUCUUUCAUCUUCAACAGUAUUUGGUAA